UGGAAUUCACUGAGCCAUACGACACCCUACACACACAGCAACACACUCACUCGCUGACUUACAUGUACUUACCAUAUGAUUUCACAGUAAACAGACACACACAUAUUCUAGCACACCGAUGAUCAACCGGAUGUGGAGCUCCCCAGCGAAUUAACCUAACCCCCGGGAUAGAUGGGUGUCGGUAGUGGUGAUGGGAACCUGAGGGCCCGGGGUAAGAAGAAAAGGAUCUACAUUCCAGCCCUUCCCAUGCCUCUGGCGACGCUAUGCUGUGUGCUAAACUUCGUUGUACCUGGAUUGGGUACCAUCGUGGCGGGAAUAUGUGUGUGCUGCUGUUCCCGGAACGAGGACAUGGGAGGCGGGGAGCAGUGUGGGAGUUGUACUCUGAGUAUCCUGCUUGGUCUCCUUCAGCUCAUCCUCACAGCCCUCAUUAUUGGCUGGGUCUGGUCAUGUGUCUGGGGCGUCAUGAUGAUUGGCAUGUCAUCUGAGUAUUACCAUGACAACCCAGCACAUGGUGAUACGGCGACAUAUCCGGUCAAUCCGCAGCAACAGGUAAUUCCUGGUAACCAAUAUGGAACCCCGGGACAGUCGGGCGUUCCGCCUAAUCAGACGUACCCAUAUCAACCAGCACCUGUCGGAUACCAACAGGGUCAACAACCACCCUACAGCCAGCCUCAACCCUACCAGCCACCGGCUCAACCCUACCAGCCGCCGGCUCAACCCUACCAACCACCGGCUCAACCAUAUCAACAGCCGGGUCAACCAUAUCAACCGCCGGUUGGGUUUCCUCCUCCAGAGCCCAAUCCAAAGAUGGCCCCUCAAGCUCCACCCCAGGCUCCUCCCUACUCGGAACAUAGAGUUGAGCCAUCGGCACCAAUGGAGCCACCUCCGCCAUAUUCGCCAACAUGAGACAAUAUUGUGAGAUCGCUUUGUGUUUAAAAUUCAAAAGUCUACAUUCCCUAUGCAAGUAACGUCUGACAAGUUAUAAAGCCGUAUAAUCACCUAUGUCACAUAAAACAUAUGUAAAUAACAUCAUUGUCAGUGAUUAUUAACUGUAAUUCGACAGUUUUUGGUACCUACCUUUUUGACGUUCAAAAAGCAGUUCCCAAUAUUUACUGUCGUGUAAUGCCAUUUUACUGGUUACCUGACACUAUACUUCCCUUCUCCGCCUCGUUUUGCCCGACAUUUUUGUUCCGGUUCACUGGAUCUAGUGGGCUUCAUGAUAAAUAUGUAUGUAAUCGAUUUGCGUUCAUACGGGCAUGAACAUUGAAAAAAUGCUGUUCAAUCCUUAUAUUUACAUUGUUAUUUGUUACCUAUUAUCGACCUGAAUACAGAUAGUCCCUUAUAUUUCCGAUAUUGAAGUGUUUAUGUAGUCAGCGCAAACGGGAUUCCUGGAAAAGUAUAACGUCAUCAAAAUGUUUGCUUCUAGCAGUUGUCUCAUAUUAUUUGAGAGGGAAGGAGAAGCUUUGAAAAGAUUCUGAUCCGAUUUCGUUCAUAGCCCCAUUAACGCAAUGUGUGACGGUAUUGGUCAUAGAGGAACUUGCCCUGGAAAUGUAAAUAUAACGAUUUGAACAGCAGUGCGGAAUUAUUAAUGUUUUACAGGGGAUAAAUUAUAAAUAUAUAUAACUAUUCUAGGUAUAUAAUUAUAAAAACAUCACAGUACAUUGUAUUCACUCAGUUAAAACGACAUAGAUGACACUGAUUUAAGGAUGAUGAUUACAUUUGUCUUUCAAUAUUCCAACUCCUGAAAUAUACAUAUUGUAAUUGUUGAUACUAACUCUCUCAAGUUAAUCUUAAAUGAAAAAAAAGUUUUCAAUUCCAUAACAGUUUCAACAAAAAAAAUAAGUUCAAAUUACAAACUACAAUAGUGUAUUUUAACUUACAUUAUAUGUAUAGCCUUUCAGCUUGUUUUCGUAUAAAAAGAAUAUCGGUGCAUUUUAUAUCUUUAUACAUGUAUAUUGAUUAUAAAUGAUAUGUUCAACCAAAAACGCAUGUAUCAAAAUUCCGUCUUUUCGUAUUGCAGAGUUAUCUGCUCUUGUGAGCAGGUAUUGAUUGUUACGUCAUUUGUUUGUGAGAGUAACGUCAUACAUUUUUGAGAAAAUGACGUAAUUUUCUCACACAUACUAAUGACGUAACACUCAAUACCUGCUCACAAGAGCAGAUAACCCCUGCAAUACGAAAAGACGGAAUAGUUCUGCUCGGUAUGUUUAAGACUAAGAUUAUUUGGUUGAAUAACUUGAUAUAUGUGGGUUGAGUUGUGCAUUUGUUUUUUCUUUUGAUUUUGUUUUUGCCAGAUUCAGUCGUUAAGGUUAACAACAAGCAAAUGAAAACUUGCUUGGCAUAAACAUGCACAAUGAUAGCAAAAGGGUUGUUUUUCGAGUAUGGAAAAUCGUUAUGCAUGUCUUUGAUUUUUUUUUACAUAAGACACGAUAGCCUCGCUUUAAUUGUCGGCAUCGUAAUUUCCAUUUUAUUUUUGGUUACAUGAUCCUUAAUAGGAAAAUGGGACCGAGUUUGUUUAAAAACUGUUUAAGCUUAACGAGGUGUUCACACAUAUUGGAAAAUGCUUUAAUUUAGUUCAAAGUUUUUUUCUCCAAUCUCGGUCGCUAUGGUGGAAAGACGCGUUCCAUGUGAAGCACCCAUGUUGAAUUUAUUAAUAUUUUUCAUCACCAUGGUGGUAAGACAGAAAAAUAUCAACCGGAAGAGUAAGAUCCUUAAAUGUCUAGCCCGAAGCUUUGCCGAGGGUUAGUUAUUUAAAAAAUCUUACCGCGUGGGUUGAGCUUUUUCUGUCUUACUCCUAAUGUGGGAAUUAUUGUUUUUCUCCCAAAUAAGUGGUAAUUUCACGGAAUGCAAACGUUUAUUUCAUAAUUAUCAGCGUAUCAGAGUUAUCUGCCGUGAUAAGCUAUCGUUGAGUGUAGGAUAAGCCAGAUAUAUAUUUCCCUGAGUGGAAGUGUGGAUAUCUCUUUCGAAUGAGUGAGAAUGAUACGAUUUUACCCCAUCUUGGGGGUAAGACAGAAAAGUCUCAACCCAAGGGGUAAUAUGUUUGUGUUAUUUUAGUUUUGAAUGUCAAUAAUUUUUUUUUAACACAAACUAAAUAAAAGAACUAUCUUAUGAUACUGUUAAGCUAACCAGACCUUGUGCAAAUAGAUCAUUUGUUAGCUAAUGUCUUAUGUUGCCAAGCGACAUGGUGACAUGUGCAUUUUCUAAAUAUUAGAGAACACCUAUCUGUAUUAUUAAUCAAUUACAAAUUCUGAUACAUGGUUUAUGAAUGAAAGAAUGAAUAAAGAGUGAGGGUGAAUCAUACGAAAGUAAACAAGCGCAGAAAUGCAUUAUAAAAGAAAGGAGUAUGAAGGCAAGGUAUGCAUGUAUGUAUUAAAAGACAAAACGAAUUUUGAGAAGAUGGUCGAACUAAUACGGUUGUGGAGAUAUUUAAUUUUAUUUCAUAUUUAAAUACAAACCACGUGUUCAAAUUACUGUAAGUAUAAAAAUGCAAACUUGUUAAUGAUGUUUCUCGCCCGCAUUAUUCUGAGUCAUACUAUUGUUAUGAUCUGUCUACUUCAUUCAUGUUAUACAUUGGUAUAAUAAACUAUGCAUUAUUGCACUGAUAUGAGU